GGGUUUAAUCUCUUGAAAACAACAACACCUGUACAAAGGUAGUAAGGUUAUGCCUCAUGACGGGGAUCUUAGGAAUGCCCAGGACUCUGAUUCAGAGGUGAGUGCAACCUCCGGUAGUGCGAGCGACAGUCGUGGUACGUCACAGUCCUUCGUUUCUUCAGAUGACACAGGAAGACAGGAAACGAGGCAAUGGGGCUUUGGGUUUAUGGACCACGAGGGACAACAGGCCGCUGCGGUCUACCAGAGCCUUAGGAUGAGCCACGAGCACCGCCGGCGUCGGUUGUUUUCCCAGCGCCGCCUUGCGCACCCGGAGACCGCGCGGGUGGGGGACUCGAACGCCUUCUUUUUCCGACCAGAAUAUCUCGCUGAAGAUGACGCCGUGCUUCUACAGACCUUCUCAAACAGUGAUUUCUUCGAGAGACUCCUGGAGGCGGUUCGGACAUCUCGAUUAACGGGCAGCGUCAGGGACGACACGGCCAUCCUGGAUGAGAUUUUCUACAAGGCAAACCCUCUUUUCCGUAAAAAGUAUGCAAUUUUGAUGAAGUCUAACCAGCUUGGCGGUGAUGACCAGGGGCCUGAUGGCACCAAUCUCAGUCAAAUCAACGAGUACGUUGAAGAGCACGCAAGUGCACAGUCAAUGACGAAUAGUUGGCAAUCAGUUCCCAUACGGACGCGAGUGGCGCGCGAGGGGAAUGUGAGUUUAUCCGCUAAAGGGCAGCGAUCCGCUACGAAACGGCAGAGGGAGGAUAAAAAGGCUAGCUCCACCUCAAUGGGAUUGGUGGCACAAUCGAUGCAGCAGUGGGAAAAGCAUUUAGAGGAGGAGUUAGUUGUCGAGGGCGAGACCAUUGACAGCUUCCGGCAGGGGAAAAACAAAACCAGUUAUAUUGAGAAAGAGGAAUUCCAAAGGGCGGCACAAUGGAAUGAAUUUUUGAGAGAGAGGGCACUUGAAGAACAGCAACGCGAGUUGGCCAUGAAGCGUGCGAUUCGUAGGAAGGAGGUGGGUCCGUAA